AUGGCGGACUCGCAUCUCUCGUUGUCCGGGGUGAUUUCUCAUUUAUCAGAGACCAGCUAUAGAUUCGUCCAGAUACUCCAGAUCAUCGUGCGAAAUCCCACCCGCCAGAGCGGGAUCGAUUGCAAGGUAGACAAGAAUUUCUCACUGGACUCCGACCGCUCGUCGGACGAUCGCUUUCGCUAUCCGGGAGAGCUGACUCCUAAGGAAAGGAUAAUCCGUAUCCCGCAGGAUGAGGCUCACCCCUGGCUCGGCUCGGGCGCCGAGCUUGCACUAAGGAAGCCGGGGAGACUAGAUCUGAGAGCGAGCAGCGAUAUCAGAGUGGAGUUCAAGAUGCCAAAAGAAGCCGAGGUGGGUACCUCGAUCGAGCUGAGGUGCGAGUGGCGAAUACUAGGUGUGAGCAAUCUCUACUCGGUUAAAUGGUACAAGGACGAUCACGAAUUCUUCCGAUAUGUGCCGGACAGCGUCCAGAGGACCCAGAUAUUCCCACGGCCUGGCGUGAACGUUGAGACACGGUCGAACAGCGAGCAGAGAUGGAUAAGAUUGAAGGACCUCGCCCUAGAGAGCACCGGCCAAUACAAAUGCGAAGUCUCCACCGAGGCGCCGUCCUUCGCCACCACUUAUCAGACGGCCAAUCUGACGGUGAUUUCGCUGCCGAAGAGGGGACCGGAAAUCACAGGCCUGUCCGUGCACUACGCCGUCGGCGAGAACGUGACUGCCAACUGCUCUGCCUGGCCGUCCGUGCCUAAGGCCAAUCUACGUUGGACCAUCAACGGCGAACCGGUAUCACUCGAGAACAUUGUCCAGCACCCGCCGUUUUCGCCCAACAAGGACAAAACCAUCCCCAACAGCCUGGGGCUGCGAUUGGAGGUCGAGCCACGGCACUUCGCCACCGGAUCCGCCAUGAUCAAAUGCACCGCCGAGGUCGGUUCGCACGUGGACACGGUCGAGCGCAAGGUGAUGAAGGCGUACGUGAACAACCAGAGGCUCAGCUCCGGCGACAUGCACGCGGCCGCACGCAGCGUCCGCGCCGGCCUCCUCUCACCGCUGCUGUCGGCGAUCCUCGCGCUCCUUCUGCUCACAACGUGA